AUAUUUUGUUUAACUUUUUCUUCCUGAUUCCUGCAGCAAGGUUGUCUUUGUCAUUGAAGAGUCUGUUUUGCUUCACUCAAUCUUAACUACACCCAUUAAUAUGACGUUUAAACACUCACAGCAGCUGAGCACUGAAGAACUUCAAACAGCUUCCGUACAAGCAGCACACAGUAGCUGGCAGUCAGGGGCAUUUGAAGCCUUGUAUUUUUAAGCAGGAAGAGGUUAAAAAGGUAAAGGUUUAACUCAUGGAUUAUUGGCGGAUCAUCUUUGUGCUCACAGGAGCACUGGUCAAUGAUGCCUCCGCCCAAACUCAUCAGUACUACUUUGUGAGUACACCAGUGAACUGGACUGAAGCUCAGAUCUACUGCAGAAAGGUCUACACUGACCUGGCCACCGUAGAAAACACAAAUGGCGUCAGUGCCGUUGUCAGCACCACAUCGAAUUACACAGGCAAUGCUUGGAUAGGUCUCUAUGAUGAUUUGAUAAACAGCUGGAGAUGGUCCCUGAAUGACAGCAGCUUCUAUGAUGAAGGAGAGACAGAGUUUAGAAACUGGCAUACUGCACAGCCCAAUAAUUUGGGCGGACAACAGUACUGUGUGGAGCUUUUGAGUGGGAGUCCAUAUUUUGGCACGUGGGAAGACGUUAACUGCGACAACCAACGAAGCUUUGUGUGCUACAGCGGUAUAGUAAAUGGCACAUCAUCCUUUGUAAAGGUCGACACAAAUUUGAAUUGGACUGAAGCUCAGAGAUUCUGCAGGGAGAAUUAUGUCGAUCUAGCCAGUAUACGAAAUCAGACAGAAAAUGACAUCAUCGCAAACCUGGCAGCUGGGUCCUUUGUGUGGAUCGGUCUGCACCGGGAAAAACUGUGGUCUGAUGGGAGCACCUCUCUGUUUCGACACUGGGCCAGCGGGCAACCAGACCUUGGCACAGAGCAGUGUGUCACUAUGGCAUUCAAUGACUCAGGACGCUGGUCCGAUAAUAACUGCUCCCUUACUUUCCCGUUCAUCUGUUACACAACAGGAAGCUUCAGAUCAACAGGACAAGAUGAGACCAGUAUCACUCUGCAGUGGAAUAAAGUGAACAACAAUGUCAGCUUUAUUCUCCAGUUUAAUGGUACAGAGAUCGACAUCACUGCACCAGAUGGAGAUGGACCAGUAACUCACACAGUCUCAUCUCUCACUGCUGGAACUAAAUACACAUUCACUCUCUUCUCUGUGUUCGAGAACGUCAGAAGCAGUGGAGUAAGCAUUACUGCAGUUACCGCUCCUUCAAAUGCAGGAGGCUUCAGAUCAACAGGACAAGAUGAGACCGGUAUCACUCUGCAGUGGAAUAAAGUGAACAACAAUGUCAGCUUUAUUCUCCAGUUUAAUGGUACAGAGAUCUACAUCACUGCACCAGUUGGAGAUGGACCAGUAACUUGCACAGUCUCAUCUCUCACUGCUGGAACUAAAUACACAUUCACUCUCUUCUCUGUGUUCGAGAACGUCAGAAGCAGUGGAGUAAACAUUACUGCAGUCACUGCUCCUCCAAACGCAGGAAGCUUCAGAUCAACAGGACAAGAUAAGACCAGUAUCACUCUGCAGUGGAAUAAAGUGAACAACAAUGUCAGCUAUAUUCUCCAGUUUAAUGGUACAGAGAUCUACAUCACUGCACCAGAUGGAGAUGGACCAGUAACUCACACAGUCUCAUCUCUCACUGCUGGAACUAAAUACACAUUCACUCUCUUCUCUGUGUUUGAGAACGUCAGAAGCAGUGGAGUAAACAUUACUGCAGUCACUGAGCCUUUUUAUGUUGUCGGAUUAAACGUCAGAUUAACGUCAUUUAUUCGACUGUCUGACUCGGACAUACAGAGUGCGUUGGAGGAGCUCUUCAGACAAUACGGAUUGUCGCCACAGUUGUUCUCCCUGAAAAUUCGAUCUGUUGAGACAUGAGAUCAGUGGAGGAAAGACGAGAUGAAAUGCAGGAGAAUGGAUACAAAACCUUUUUUUUUUUUCAAGUUAUUUAGAUUUUUCACAUUUUGAAUUGCUUUCCUUGAAGUGAAUGUAAAAAAAUUAAUGAUAGGAAAGAAAUUUGAUCAGAUUCCAGUGAAAUGUAGUUUGACCUGUUUGGAGAAUCUUAAAAUAAGACAUGGCACGUCAAGUAGAGGUCACUUGAUCCAGGAUUUUUAUUUAGUUUUGUUUUAGUUUUGAAUUGUGAAAGAACUUUAUACAACUUAAAUGUAUGCACUUAAAGUAGCUACAACUGUAGUAGGGAUCAUUCCCAAAACAAAUAUACUGUACUAACCUUAUCUUUUAUUAAUAGUCAAAUUAUCCCUGCUUAGAAAUGUGUGUUAAACUGUGUUAAGAUAUUAUUGUAACAGUAUUUUGAUAAUGUGUGACAAUAUACAUAGUAUGUGCAUCUGUCCAUUUGAAAUAAAGAGCCUUGGAAUGGG